CUUGGCCUUCCGCCGGUAGUUGACUCAGUAUAUUCACCACCAUCACCUCCUCGUUUGUUUCCUCUUUGCAAGAGAACAGAAAUAAUUAAGUCGUUCUCUUCAAUUCUCACGCAAUGGCUACGCCGAGCAAGGCAAACCCCAUCUUUCCUCUGCCCUCACCUAAUUCCAUCACACAACUAACAAUCCCUAGCCUUGCAGAGGCCGGCGCCGACAUCGCCGUCUUCGACAUAAUCCCACCAACCCCGGGCUUUCUCUCAAUCUCCGAACGCUUCAGCGUCCGUGCCGUGCACUACCUCGCCGAUGUAGCCUCCCCCGACUCACUCGCUGCCGCCUUUGAGUCUUUCAAAAAAGACUUUGGUGGCAAACUCGAUAUAUGCGUCCCCUGUGCUGGGGUCAACAAGAAUGUCGAGUUCUUAGAUACCACUUGGGAAGACCAUGAGAGACUACUUGGCGUUAAUGUCAUGGGGGUUUACCAUACUGCACAAUUAGCUGCGAAGACUAUGAUUGAAUAUGGGACCAAGGUUGGGAGUAUUGUUGUGAUUGCUAGUAUCGCAAGUUAUAUGGCUAUUCGCAGUCAGAAUAGUAGUGCGUAUUGUGGGACCAAGGGGGCGGUGAGGGCGAUGGUGCCGGGUAUUGCAGCAGAGAUGGUUAAAUAUGGUAUCCGCGUGAACUCAUUGUCGCCUGGAUAUGUGCGGACGGAAAUGACGGCCCCGUUCCCGCACUUGCUUGAAUCGUGGAAGGACGAGAUCAUGAACCACCGUGUUGCAGAACCGGAGGACAUUAGGGGUGCAUGCGUGUUUUUGGCCAGCGACGCUAGCGCUUACAUGACCGGGCAAGAUCUAUGUAUUGACGGGGGCGUUACGAAAUGGUAACUAUGGAAUGGUAGGUUGCUCUGUAGUGAAUGAUAUCUCUCUCUCAUCA